AUGCCUCGUCAACAACGCCGUGCCGCUCCCACCCCUGCGCGCAGCGCUCCCAGCCGUCCUACCGCCGCUCCUGCUCGGCCCGCGGCUGCUCCCUCGCAGCAGCAGUCGCAGCCUCACUCGACCGCCGCUCAACCCCCACAGGCCCAGCAGGCUCCUCCUAUGCAGCAGCAGAGCGCCGGCCCUGGACUCUUCGGCCAGAUGGCCUCAACCGCAGCUGGUGUUGCCGUCGGCUCUUCCAUCGGCCACGCCAUCGGUGGCUUCUUCAGUGGUGGCUCCGGCGCCCCCGCUGAGGCCCAGCAGGCUCCCCCUGCCCAGGCCCAGGCUAUGGACAACGGCCUCUACCAGAGCAACGCUUCCCAGACUUCCUACGAGAACCCUGCCUGUGAGGUUGAUGUCCGCAACUUCCGCACUUGCAUGGAUGAGAACCAGGGUAACCUGAGCAUUUGCGGUUGGUACCUUGAUCAGCUGAAAGCUUGCCAGGCUGCCGCUAAGCCCUACUAAGGGUUUGAUACCAAUUUGACCCUUAGUGGUCAGAAAAGACAGAUACCAUUUUUUAGUAAUAAGUGAUGGGGUUUAUGGGCUUGAUUGUUCAUAACCAAUCUUUCUUUUGCAUAGCCAUUCCCAUAUCCCCUCUUUGUACUUUAUACCAUCUCUCCUCGAUAAAGGAAUCAAUGCUUGACUACCGAAUCAAGAAUUCGAAUGCAUGAAUUUUAACGAA